UGGCGUACAUAUUUUUUACAAUAGCAAAAUUUCCGGCAGCACUUGAAGGCAGCAUUGACUAGGAGUAAGUGUUGCUAUGGUAACGGUAAUGUUUACACCGUCCCUCUGACAGUAACUUUGCUGGUUAGCUAGGCUAACCAUAACUCGAUAAUACUUUAUUCGACAUUUCAGAAGUGUCACAUUUUUUUAUAACUACCUUAAACGGCAGUCACUUUAUCUUCCGCCAUGAGCAGGUUAGAGUGUUUGGGGAAAUCCUCCAGGGGUCCACAGAAACAGAUGGCAGUAAAAGUUACUUCUGCUGGUGAGACACACAAACCCAAUGACAAAGUGGGGAAAAAGUUGGUCACUGAUAAACCUCACAGGAGUCUUCCUGUGAGAAACAAGCUGCCUCUUCCUGUACAGGUUUCUUGCCAGGAGACUCAGAAGUCUGGGUUGUGUGCGGAAGUAUUGACUACAGAAACAGAGCGCUCACCAAAGGAAUCCACAACACCAAGGGUUGAGGAACACAUGCAGUCCACUGCAGCGCACAAUGAAAAGCUGAAAAUGAAAGCACAGCCUUCAGACUCAGCAGGGGGGACAACACAUUCUCCUCCUCCUCCAGCUGAGCCAGCGCCUACACAUGAGGAGGGACAGACUGAGGAAGAGGAUGUUGAGGAUGAAGACAUUAAGGCACCAGUGGAGCUGAUAAUGGAGUUCCUCAGAGCUUUGAUGGACAGAGACUUCCGGCUGUCCAGCAAACUGUGUCAGAUGAUUCUCUUCUUUGAACCAGACAAUCCUGAGGCCUCUGAGUUUCUCCCGCUGAUCCAGAAGAAGCAGUUAGAGGAGCUAGAGGCGGAGCCGAGCACUGAGGAAGAAGAAGAAGAAGACGAUGAUGAUGAUGAUGAUGAUGCUGACUCUGAUGACUCUGGGAGUGAUGAGGAGUCAUCUCCAAGCUCAAGCUCCUCCUCCUCUUCCUCCUCUUCCUCCUCUUCCUUGUCCUCAGAUGAUGAAGAAGAAAAGCAAGUGAACAGACACAAGCCGUGUCCUCCUUCACACAUUUCCCCCUAAAUCUAUUGAACCAAUACAAGAGGCACUCUAGCAUCUUGUUAAAAUUGUAUUUAUUUUAAUCCACAAAGCUACUUCUUUCUGGGUGGGGUAUUGUAUCAGACCUCUUUAAAAUCUCCCAAAGCAAAGAUGUCAUCACUUAAAACCUCUGAAAUGCUGGAAUGAUUAAGAUGAUGCUGUGAAGAGGCAAAGCGAUGCUGGUCAAAAGAAAACUUUUAUUAUAGCUUUGUUUGCACUGUGAAGUCUAUAAGUGUGUUUGUGUUCACCUGUUAUCAGUUUGUGCAUUAGAAAUCGGAGUGGAGAUGCCAGAAAGUCUAAAAAAGUCUUAGCUGAGGUGGAAAACGUUAACCUAUCGGUAGAAAUAAAAUGCAACAAUGGAAACAGACUUAUUGAUAAAUCCUAGAGUGUAUGUAGUAUGUGACUUAUUUGUCACAACUUGAUACAUGAAAGAAACUAUUCCAAUACCCAUACUACCAUAUAACUAAAGUAAAAUUGCGUCCCAAUACAAACAAAAAAUACCAGGUUGCCAGCAUGCUUUCUGGGUAUUCUGACCUGCCGUCCUCUGUGUCGCAAAUAUGACCAAGAGGGUCAAAAUUCAAGGAAACAAAUUUGCAAUUAUAUGCAUACUCAACCCAGUCACCAGAUAAACAUUGUACGUUUUUGGAAACCACAGAUGCGUUGACGUGAAACUUUUUAGGCCCCCAUUAGCUUCAGCACCGGGCUGGUGAUAUAUAACCAUAUCACCUGAACCCUGAUAUAACGAUUCUCACACAAACACCAGACACUCACGCAGCAGACGGGGAUAGAGACACCUUUUUUGUCCCAUGUUAAAACUAAAACAGUUUGAAGUUAAUUUUGCUACGUUUUAAGUUAACCUGUACAUUAACUUUGUAAAUAUGUCACAUUUGAAAAUCACGCUAAAUGUAAUUACAUCCAGUAUUAUUUUUCUCAAACAGCAUCCAGCCAUUACCUUCAGAAGUCGUUUUUUUUUUUUUUUACCCAGACUCUCAAUGUUUUUCCUAACCAUAACCAGGUUGUUUUAGUCUGAAUUCCCAAUGUUAAACACGUGUUUAAAACUGUGACCAACUGUUUUCCAGAAGCUUUACUAGCACCACAGUAGGGCAGUAGCGUUACAUUUAUUAAAAACAUUGAGAUGUAAAGUAUUUGUGGUUUGCAAAAACAUUCAAUGCCACCAUUUAUUCUGUUAACUGGGUUGGCGUACUGCAUGCAACAGGGCAGCUGCAGUACACACUAAAAGUAAAAAUAAAAAGUAUCAAUGUUUUUCUCUUUUUGAGGUAAUAUCUGCACCCUUUUAAGUACUCCAUUUGGUUGCUUCUUCUGCAAGGAUUUAAUUGCAUCCAGUGUAGAAAUUGGUGGCGUCAGUUGUUAAUCUCAAGGAACCAGCUCCUAAUAGCCACCUAACGGAUGGAAAUGCACAUUCACUCACACAUUCUUUUGCAGAUUUUCUUGGAAAUGUAAUCAUGUGACCGAGUUGCAGAGUAAUAUUCAAAAACGAAAUGUACAGGUCAAAAAUUAGGUUUUAACUCACCUUAACAAAGCCAGCAAAACACGUUCAAUCAUAGGAAUGUUUCAGAUAAUAACAUAUUUUAAUAC